AAUCCUUAAAACUACUUUUUACAAACACGAGGGCACGCCGACAAAUCCACCCUCUGACACACAAAACUGGCGCUUUGCUUUUCCGACGGAUCCGAGACCACCACUCCACCUCAUUCGCACGUGCCAAGCGUUACGCACACUCGUCCUCUGCACGUGCCACCCACCUCCUCUCUCUGUGUGUCUCUCUCUCUCUACCGUCCUGAGAUUCUCUUCAAUCUUCCACCUGAAGGCAAAAGAAAAAGGGGAAAAAGGGAAAACAUUCCCCACUCAGAAAAAAAUCACCAACUCCCAAAUGCUGAUACUGCUUCCCGACCCGAGCUCUCGAUCCGAACCCGAAUAAAGGCGUCGCCAUUUUCAUCUUAGAUCCGAGGUGUAUCGGAGCGGGGUUGUAUCUUCUAGAAAUUCGCCGAGAGAUUUCUAGGAGUUUUUCUCUGCAACUUGUUGUUGUUGUUGUUGUUGUUGUUUGUUUGAACUGCCAUGGAAUCGAUACUGGCUCGGGCCUUGGAGUACACUCUCAAGUACUGGUUGAAAUCUUUCUCCAGAGACCAGUUCAAAUUGAAUGGUCGGACCGCACAGCUUUCCAAUUUGGAUAUAAAUGGAGAUGCUCUGCAUUCGAGCAUGGGAUUGCCGCCGGCGCUGAAUGUGACGUCGGCAAGAGUUGGAAAAUUGGAGAUAGUGCUGCCAUCCGUGAGCUAUGUACAAGUAGAGCCAAUUGUCGUACAAAUUGAUAGACUUGAUUUGGUGCUGGAGGAGAAUCCGGAUGCAGAUGAAUCUAGAAGCACAAGCAGUUCCCACUCAUCCUCCAGCCUUGCAAAGGGUAGCGGUUAUGGAUUUGCUGAUAAGAUUGCGGAUGGAAUGACUUUAGAGGUUCAGACUGUCAAUCUUCUACUUGAAACUCGUGGAGGUGGUCGCCGCCAAGGAGGGGCUACUUGGGCAUCACCUCUUGCAUCUAUAACCAUACGCAAUCUUUUGCUGUAUACAACUAAUGAAAAUUGGCAGGUUGUAAAUCUUAAGGAUGCACGAGACUUCUCCACUAACAAAAAGUUCAUAUAUGUAUUCAAAAAACUUGAGUGGGAAUCAUUAUCCAUUGAUCUCUUGCCUCAUCCUGAUAUGUUCAUGGAUGAUAAUUUCGCUCGUUUUCAAGAGGGAAGAAACCAGAGAGAUGAUGAUGGUGCAAAACGAGUUUUCUUUGGUGGCGAGCGUUUUAUAGAAGGAAUAUCUGGACAAGCUUAUAUUACAGUGCAAAGAACUGAAUUGAACAGUCCACUUGGGCUUGAGGUUCAAUUACAUAUUACAGAAGCAGUUUGCCCAGCAUUAAGUGAACCUGGAUUACGUGCUCUUCUCCGCUUUUUAACGGGAGUAUAUGUCUGUCUAAAUAGGGGUGAUGUUGAUUCGAAGGCUCAGCAGAGAUCCACUCAUGCGGCAGGGCGUUCUCUAGUCUCUAUUGUCGUGGAUCAUGUAUUUCUCUGCAUUAAAGAUGCUGAAUUCCAGCUUGAACUUUUGAUGCAGUCUCUCUUAUUUUCUCGGGCCUGUGUUUCUGAUGGAGGAAAUGACAAUAACUUGACCAAGGUUAUGAUUGGUGGAGUGUUUUUAAGGGAUACCUUUUCACGGCCUCCUUGCACCUUAGUGCAACCAUCAAUGCAUGCCGCUUCAGAAUGUCCUGUUAAUGUCCCUGACUUUGCUAAGGAAUUCUGCCCUCCCAUAUAUCCUUUGGGAGAACAAGAGUGGCAGUUAUUUGUGGGUGUCCCUUUACUGUGCCUCUAUUCUCUUCAGAUCAAGCCCUCUCCAGCUCCACCACGUUUUGCUUCACAAACAGUAAUCAACUGUCAACCGAUUAUGAUUCAUCUCCAGGAGGAAUCCUGUUUGAGGAUAUCUUCUUUCCUAGCUGAUGGGGUCGUAGUCAAUCCUGGUGUAGUUUUACCAGAUUUUUCUGUAAAUUACUUCAUUUUCAUUCUCAAGGAAUUAGAUAUUAGUGUUCCUUUGGACCCAGUCCAAUUGAGUAAUUCUACUGGCAAUGGGGAUGGUGUGUCAAACUCCUUUGCUGGGGCAAGGCUCUACAUUGAGAACUUGUUCUUUUCUGAGUCACCUUUGCUAAAACUAAGAUUACUGAGCCUGGAGAAGGAUCCUGCUUGCUUCUGCCUUUGGGAAGGUCAACCGGUUGAUGCUAGCCAGAAGAAAUGGACUGCUAGGGCUUCUCAGCUUAGCUUGUCUCUUGAAACACAUACUGGAUUAAUUGGGCUUCAGAGUUCUCUUGACUCAGUGUCAGGCUUGUGGAGAUGUGUGGAACUGAUAGAUGCUUGUGUGGAAGUAGCUAUGGUAACUGCUGAUGGGAGCCCCUUAAUUGAUGUUCCACCACCGGGUGGUAUUAUGAGGGUGGGAGUUGCUUGUGAACAAUUUUUGUCCAACACGUCAGUUGAACAGUUAUUUUUUGUCCUUGAUCUUUAUGCAUACUUUGGAAAAGUUAGUGAAAAGAUUGUACUUGUUGGAAAAAAUACUAGGCCAAAGAGAAAUGAGUCUUCUAGUGGAAGGCUGAUGGAUAAGGUUCCCAGCGAUGCAGGAGUAAGUUUAGCAGUGAAAAAUCUUCAGCUUAGAUUUCUUGAGUCUUCUUCUAUGAAUAUUCAGGGAAUGCCUCUAGUACAGUUUAUUGGGAAUGAUCUUUUCAUUAGAGUUACUCAUAGAACCCUUGGUGGUGCAAUUGCUGUUUCAUCUACUUUAUGUUGGGAUAAUAUUGAGAUUGAUUGUGUUGACACUGAAGGAAAUUUGGCACAUGAGAAUGGCACAGUGUUAACUUCUAAAGACAAUGGUGUCCUGUUGAGUGGGAAUGGACACCCUCAGCUAAAAGCUGUUCUUUGGGUAUACAAGGGAAGAAACCGUCAAUUAAGUGCUGAUCCAUUUCUAGAUAUUAGUGUGGUACAUGUAAUUCCAUUGAAUGCUGUAGAUGCAGAGUGUCAUUCUUUGAACGUGUCAGCUUGUAUUUCGGGCAUCCGCCUGGGUGGAGGAAUGAAUUAUACUGAAGCUUUGCUGCAUCGGUUUGGAAUACUUGGACCUGAUGGUGGUCCUGGGAAGGGGCUCUCCAAAGGGCUAGAUAACUUACAGGCAGGACCAUUGUCAAAACUUUUUAAGACAUCACCUCUAAUUAUUGAUGGUUCGGAAGAUGGUGGAAGUUCAGGAGGGGGGAGUGAAAAUGGUGGUUUGCACUUGGGAAAGCCAGAUGAUGUGGAUGUCUCUGUAGAAUUGAAAAACUGGUUAUUUGCUCUUGAAGGUGAACAUGAGAUGGCAGAAAGAUGGUGGUUUUACAAUCAUGAAGAUGUGGGCAGAGAAGAGAGAUGCUGGCACAUAUCUUUUCGGAAUCUCCAAGUGAAAGCGAAAAGUAGUCCAACGCAUUUGUUGAAUGGCAGUUCAAAUAAAAUACAGAAAUAUCCUGUGGAAUUGGUUACGCUUGGUGUUGAAGGCUUGCAGACCAUGAAGCCCCACGCACAAAAGGGCAUAAAUUCAGCCAUCUCACCUGCAAAUGGGAUUAGAGAAACUUCUGAAACAUUUGGAGGGAUCAAUCUUGAAGUUCAAGUUGUAAUAUCAGAGGAUAAUGUUGAUGAGGAAAUGGUGAAGUGGAUUGUAGAAAAUGUGAAACUCUCAGUUAAACAACCGAUUGAGGCGAUAGUGACGAAGGAUGAAUUACAGCACCUUGCUUUAUUGUUUAAAUCCGAAGUUGACUCAAUGGGCCGAAUUACUGUUGGAAUUCUGCGGCUACUGAAGCUGGAGGGAUCUAUUGGCGAGGCAGCCAUGAAUCAACUUAGCAACCUUGGAAGUGAGGGAAUUGAUAAGAUUUUCUCCCAAGAAAAGCUUAGCAGGAGUAAUAGUGUCUACAGUAGUGGGCUCCCUCCGCCAUUGAGUCCUCCAUCAUUGAGUUUAGCUGGUGAAAGCCCACAUUCAACCUUGGAAUCAACAGUUGCUUUGCUUGAGGAGGCAAUCACAGAUUCACAAGCUAAAUGUGCUGUUCUUACCACCAACUUGGGUGGUUCAGAAUCUUCCAUGGAGCAUCUUGCCACCAUCAAACAACUUACUCAAAAACUUCAAUCUAUGAAUACUUUGUUGAUGCGGUUGAGGACUCAAAUUUAGUUCACCUUUCUAUUGCCAUUUUUUCUGUAAAACUUUGGGAUAAAAAGGAUCCCAAUAAUAUAGUUUACCCAAUUCUUUUCUGUAUAUAGAUAGAUACAAAUGCAAAUCCAAUGUAUGUACCAAGCAGGCAGAAAAGCAAAGCUCUUUCUGUAGUAAGAAAUUUUGUAAUGAGUGCCUAUAUACCUGGUGAGAAUUUUGGAAUAUACCUAGAUUUACUGCUCCUCA